GACGCCCAGCGUGUCACAAAGAAGCUGCAUGCAAAUCCAAUUAGGAGCGUGGAGCGGCCAAGGCCCGAAGGUGGUGCAGCUCCUGGAUGGAUGCACGGUGGCUCACAAUGGACGGUGGAAGCCACCGAAGCCAGCCACUGACCCAAUUAUGCUAAUACGGUGGCCAAACUCAAAAGCCUUUGACGUCAUGUCAGCUGGAUGCAGGGACGCGGGAUGGCUGGAUGUAUGCCCGGAUGGAUGGAUGCCUGGGAUGUUCCCUCGAACAAUGGCAUGUGGCAAGACCGGCUUACACCUGGAGCAAUAUCCAUUGCUGGAGAAAUUGCGAAAUAUGACAAGAUAAUUGCAUAAAAAAAAGGGUCCUUUGGCACACCUGAGACUUAUUGGCUUGGCUUCGCAUCAAUGGUGGAAUGGAAUCCAGCUUGGACACUCGACUCCCAAUUGCUGUCAAUGCUGUGCGCCAUUCGCCAUUCGCCAUUCGCCAUUUCCGUGCAUAUUAGAAAAUUACCGAAGCUCAAGUCGCACUUCAAAAACCAAGCAAAGGUGACACUGCCAUCCAGCUGGUGCGCAUGUCCCUAGCGUCCUUUAUAUCCAUUCUGUCCCGUCGUCCUGCUCCUUUCGUCGGGCAACAGGUGCUCGCUGCUCGAGCGUGGAGCGUGGUCGGGGUGGCCGAAAGGAUUCGCGUGGAGUUGGGUUUGGUGCGCUGCCCGCGUGGAGCUAUAAAAGCGCACGAUGCGAACAACUUGGCCGUUAGUCGUCACUCCUCCGGCGUGGAACUCGAUCUUCGCCGUGGGAGCAGCUGUAUUCCGUUAGAGCAUAGCCACCAUCAGUUGAAAUGUGUUUGCAAACUAUUUAGCAUCGGUGUAUCCGUAAAAUGUAAGAGCACCCAGAAGGCGGUACUCGAAAAUCAGCCACACAAUGUCGCACCUGGUGAUGAGGCGACGGAUUCUGCUUAUGGUUUUGCUAUUUGCAGGUCCACUACGAAACGCACCUUUCGGCGGUGCACAGGUGGCGAUAGCGACAUCACCAACAACUGCUCGUGACCGUCAAAUUCCGCCGGAGUGGGACCGAAACUGGAAGUUGGAUCCGGACUGGGAUUUCGCUGGAAGCGAGGGCAGGGAGUCGGUCGCGCCGAUGACGUCACGCACCUUGGACAACUUUUACCCUUUCGAUGGCGGAAAUGCCCCGCCGAAAACCAGUGAAACGGAAAUGGAUAACCAAUUCGGAGAUAGCUAUCUCGACCCGUAUCCUACGCUGUUCGGUCGCCAGUGGCACCUCCAGCAUCGCAGCAAGCAGCUGCAGGUGCAGCACAAGUGGCAAUCUCCGGUUCCUCCACUUGCGGAAGUCAAGGCUAAGAGGGAUCCCGCCAACUGGCCACCCGACGACGAGGAGCCACCGCUUACGUACCCCUACGCCUACACCUUGCCCUGGAAACGAAAGGAGGUUCCGGACUCACUCCGAUAUAUGCCCUCGAUCAGUGCUGGAGCCAUGACCAAUCUGGGCGGCUUUUUCAACCGCCUGGAAGCGAACCUGCGCUUCGCGGAGCAAUCGCAACUGGGUGAGUCGGAGACGCGUAUGCUGGAGGGUAAACACCCGCACCCACUGCACCUGCCGCCCGUGCCGCCCGACGCUCCGGAGGAUUCCGAGCAGAAGCAGGAGCACGACCGGAAGACAUCGAAGCUCCUGCAGGCCCUGCGCAGCUACAGGCCCUCCCAGAAGAUCCGAUCGCUGGUGUCGCGCAAUCCGCAGGGAUACCGCGGCUCCCAGUUCAUUGAUCCCAGCUACAUGUGGCUGGGUCUGGGCAAAUGACAGUGAGACCGCCGGAGCAGCAGAAUGGCCCAUCAAUAGUUACCUAAGUAGCUGCAACGAAUGCCGCCCCAAGAUUCGAUUUAAUUUAUGCCCUCUGUGUGUGUAGAAAUAUAUGUUUGAAAGCCU